AUGGUUCUCUGGUAUAAGAACAGUUUCCUUUACGAUAACGACUUCGAAACAGUAUCUCUUGCGUUUUUCAACCGUUAUCCAAAUCCUUAUGCUUCACACGUCAUCUCAAUAGACACCGUUUCUCGAGAAUGUAAGGCCAGCGGAGAACUGUGCACUACAAGGCUCAUAAAAAAGACGGGAAAGCUCCCACGAUGGGUUAAACCCUUCUUAGGCAGGAUUUCAGACUCGUGGAUCAUUGAGCGCUCAGAAGUAGACGUCAAAAACCAGGUGCUCCGAACGUAUACUAGGAAUUUAGAUCAUACUCGAAUCAUUCAAGUCGAGGAGUUUACCAUCUACAAAUACAAUCCUGUCACGGGCAAAACUCUGGCCUCAAGCUCUGUCAAAUUUUCCAGUGGUUUCAAUUUGGCCGUAAGGAGUCGCAUCGAGCAAUGGUCUCAUGCUAAAUUUGACGAAAACAUCCAGCGUAGCCGGAUGGGAAUGGCGUUUGUAAUGGAAAAAUUAAAGCAACACCAAAGCUUGGGAUGA